AUGUCAUUGAUCUUGAACAUUCAAUCAUGCCUAUAUAAAGCAAGUAAGACUGCAUCUCCUUCGAGCUCAGGCAAUUUAUUAGGAAAGUUCAGUAUGCUACUUUUGUCUUUAUUAAUGGCACUAAUGAUUGCUUUGCACAUUCUUUUUGUUGCUAGAAAUCAAAGGAUACUUGCGAAUGCUUCCUGUAGGAUUGAAGUCCUUAGUACGACCACUGAUAAAUUAUUUAAUAUGGUGAUGACAUUGGUUGAGAAACAGAAGCAAGUUUGUGAUGCAGCAACAUCCUUCAUUCAAAAACACGAAGAGAAUAUAGAUGUCGAAAAUUCUUCAGCAAAAGAUUAUGUAUGUGAAGAAUUAGGGAUAUUGAAUGACUCUAUUUUAAGUGUAAAAAAUGCUUUUGAAGACAUGCAACAUAAUUUCACUCUAGUUCCUUUGGCACCUAUAGGAAUAUUUUCGGGAUCAUCAGGUACACAAGAUGCCCUUGAGUACAACUUUCCAAUAGACCGAAAUCAACAAGAACUUUCUCUGAGACUUCCCCAAGUGUCCAAGUCGGUUGAUUCAAGAUUUUUUAACGAAAAUAGAGAAACAGAGAAUUGGAUCAACUCCAAAAAUGAGAUCACACAGUCUUACAAAAAAAAUUGCAAACUUAAGCAGAAAAAUAAUGCAAAAUCAUCGUUUGACAUCUCUACUACAAUAGGAAGACAAGCUUGGAAGUCAUAUGUUAAAGAGAAUUUAAACAGCUCGGUUAAUUCUUAUUUGGGCUGCAUAAAAAAGGAGGAAACAAAAGAUGGCUCCCAGAUCCUAAAACCAGUGGAUCAAAAUCAAGCAGACUGUAGCAUUUCAGAAAAUCCUCAAAUCAGAUAUAGAGAUUUAGUCAAAUCAGACUGUAAUAAUAAACCGUUUAAACGAUUAUUUGUACCUGGUCGUGGUUGGAUAUCUCUCAGAAAGCUUGAAGAAGAAGAGAAGAAAUAUGGAUCGAUGAGCUUUGUGAAUAACCAGCCUGAACAAAAAGUAGAGGUUUGA